UGAGACGCAGAAGUGCAGUGCAUUUUUCAGCAGCCUUCCUUGGUUGCUAGGCCUCCCAGCCUCCCUCCUCACUGCCACCGCUGUCUCUGGGCUGAUGUGCCAGAACUGAAACUUCUCAUUGUGAGCAGCGGGUGACACAGCCCCACAGUGAAGCACGCCGAGCAACAUUGACCCGCUCCAAGACCUCUAUAAAGGAUUCACACACAAAAAAAUCAUAAAGAUCCUCUUAUCAAACUUUUAGGGAGCGAAAAAAAUUUGAAAUUCUUUUCAUACGGCAAACAAUGAGCUCCCUCUGUUGGCUGCUGAACAAUAGCCUGUCGCCAGCCGCUGUAUCACUUAUAAAAGAGAAACACCCUCUGUCAGACUGACUCACUCAGCUCUGGUUGGAAGCGUAUUUGGGAAAUGUACAGCUCUCGUCUGAUUUAGUACCUCGCCUUUCACUGUAUAAACACCGCAGGUGGAUUUCGAGGCAGAAUUCAGGCGUGGGACCCUUUCUGGCUGAGCAACGGCUGGGAUGUCACUGGCAGCAGACGUCCAGUGAAGCUGUGUGCGGCCUGCACUCUGUGAGGGCGACCAUGGCGUACCCCCUCCUGCCCAGCAAUGCCAGUGGUCCACAGUGUGUCCAGGAGAGUGCGGAGGAGAACCUCUUCUUCUCCUCCUUCUACGGGGUGGUGUUUGUGCUGGCGUUUGUGGGCAACAUCCUCGCUGUGUGGGUCUUCUCCUGCGACAACAACACCAACACCACCACUAACAUCUACCUGAUGCACCUGGCGGUGGCCGACCUGUCCUACGUACUGAUCCUUCCCAUGCGCAUGGUCUACCACCUGAGCCAGAACCACUGGCCGUUCGGCGAGGUGCCUUGCCGCAUCACCGGCUUCCUCUUCUACCUCAACAUGUACGCCAGCAUCUUCUUCCUCACCUGCAUCAGCGCCGACCGCUUCCUGGCCAUCGUCUACCCGGUCAGGUCCAUGCGCUUCCGCAAGCCGCUCUAUGCCAACAUGGCCUGCGUGGCGCUGUGGGUGCUGGUGGUGGUGGGGGUGGCUCCCAUGCUGGGAGCGCCGCAGACCCUGCAGAGCAGCAACACCACCACCGUCUGCCUCCAGCUCUACCGCGAGAAGACCUCCACCUUCGCCCUGGUGCCCCUGACGGUGGGCUUUGUGGUUCCCUUCGUGAUCACCGUGACCUGCUACCUGCUCAUCAUCCACAGCCUCCGCCAGGGCAACCGCAUCGAGAGGCACCUGAAGGACAAGGCCAUCAAGAUGAUCAUCCUGGUGCUGACCAUCUUCCUCAUCUGCUUUGUGCCGUACCACAUCAACCGCUACCUCUACAUCCUGACCAGUGGCACGGCGCAGGUCGGCUGCCGGCAGCGGCGGCUGAUGGCCCUCAGCAACCGCGUCACCUCCUGCCUCACCAGCCUCAACAGCUGCCUCGACCCCGUCGUCUACUUCUUCGUCGGCGAGAAGUUCCGCGAGCGAUUCUGCCACUUCGUAUGCGGCCGUAGGAAGAGGACGCAGUCCGUCAGCCACGAGACCAAGACCAACGAGAGCUCGCUCAGCGGCAAGUCUGAGCUCUAGCUCUGCCGCCGAGCAACUGCCCCCCGAUACCACAGUCAACCAGUAGGGGGUGUGAAUGGUGUGUCAGGUGGAGUUUGGGCAUGUCUAUGUAUGUGAGCAUGGUGUGUGUGUGUGUGUGUGUGUGUGUGUGUGUGUGUGUGUGUGUGUGUGUGUGUGUGUGUGUGUGUGUGUGUGUGUGUGUGUGUGUGCGCGUGUGUGUGCAUGUGAGGGUGGGGUUUGGGCAUGUCUAUGUGAGCAUGUUGACGUGUGUGCGUGUGUGUGCAUGUGCGGGUGGAGUUUGGGCAUGUCUAUGUAUGUGAGCAUGUUGGCGUGUGUGUGCAUGUGCGGGUGGAGUUUGGGCAUGUCUAUGUAUGUGAGCAUGUUGGCGUGUGUGUGUGCAUGUGCGGGUGGAGUUUGGGCAUGUCUAUGUAUGUGAGCAUGUUGGCGUGUGUGCGUGUGUGUGUGUGCAUGUGCGGGUGGAGUUUGGGCAUGUCUAUGUAUGUGAGCAUGUUGUGUGUGCGAGACUAGUGUGUGUCAGGCUGGUAUGAGUGAUUCAAUGAAAGACACAAAAAGCUGGAGUAACUCAGCAGGUCAGGCAACAUCUCUGGAGAAAAGGAAUGGGAGACGUUUUGGGACGAGACCCUUCUUCAGACUGAGAGUCGGGGAAAGGGAAAUGAGAGAUAUCGAUUGUGAUUUAGAGAGAUAUAGAAUGAAUGAAUGAAAGAUAUGCAAAAAGUAACGAUGAUCAAACAAAGGUGGAGCCCACAAUGGUCCAUAGUUGGCUUAGGCUAAGUAAUAACAAGUUGUACAACUAGUGAAACUCAACAGGACAACAGUGAAACCAUUAUGAUGAUGAGGAUGGGGAAGGGAUGGAGAGAGAGGGGAUGCAUGGCUUACUUGAAGUUAGAGAAAUCACUAUUCAUGCCACUUGGUUGUAAGCUGCCCAAUAUAAGAUGCUGUUCCUCCAAUUUGCGUUUGGACUGACCCGCUUGAGUUACUCCAGAUUUUCGUGUCUAUCUUCGGUUUAAACCCACAUCUACAGUUCCUUCCCACACAUUUGGUUUGACAGAUUGUUGCGUGUGUGAGUGAGAGACAUGUAUAUACGUUUUUAGUAUCUGUUUGGUUGGUGUGUAUGAAUGUGAGGUAGAAGUAUGUGUGAGAGGUUGGAGUCUAUGUUGGUAAGUGCGUGUGAUUGUAGUGUAGGUGCAAGGUUGUUGUAUACAAGGUUUGUAUGUGUGUAGUGGUAGUUGUUGUGUUUGUGUGUCAGAUUGAUGUGUGCGCGUAUUUGUUAAGCAGUUAAGUUGAAUUUGUUAAUUCACAAGGUGAAUAUCUAAGUCAUUACAAUAUGGACUUGCUAAAGAGUGCAUCUGAUGAUGCAAAUCGAUUUGAUGUGAAUCAGUGUGACACCAGAGACAGCCCAAUGGGUCCGCAGUGCUGAACGUGUAGCCAUUGUGAAAUCACACCCGUGGGACUGUAGUCGGCGUUUGGAGUGAGACGGAGAUAGGUGUGGAAGAACUCAUCUGUGAAACUCUGAAUAGACCCAGGACGAUACCUGAUUUUUUGGAGGCUGGCACUCGGCAGAUGUUAUCAUUGAAAUAUCCUAUUCUAGGUGACAUCACAGAUGGACACAGUAACAGCAGCUGCAUUUAUGGACCUGUGUCGCUGAUCUUGACAUUGAGAGACAACCUAAAUGAAGGAGCUAACUGUAAAAAAAAUGGUGAUGCUGGAAUCAUCAACACAAACUUUCCCUGAGCUGCCGUGGGGUGAGGUGGUGGUGGUGCAGGGUGUGGGAGCGGGGUGGGUGGUGGGUGGGGAUGGACAGUCGGGUGGGCAAGUUGGGGAUGUAGUUUUCUCAGUUGUUCUGCACGUGAAUUAUACAACGGAUCCCUCGGCCAACUGGGGAACAGCCAGCCACAGGGCAGGAGGAUGGGAAACAACCCAGAAGACUACUUUCCCUCUUCUGGAGGCAGUGCGGGAGGGGUACAAAGUUCUUGUGCUACAGACCCUUCCAGCAAGCGUCAAGCUGGGCUCUUGGAAUUAUCACAACUGCCCUGCAAAAUGUUCUUUAACUUGUAAAGUUAAACCUAGACAGUCAGUCUACGGGCAUUUGUCAAACUGAAGGAAGAAAUCAAAGCAAGCUUCUUUCCCCAGGCAGAGUGCAGAAUCCCAUUGAGGGGUGGAUUCUUCUUCACCUCCCCAGGUCAGCCAGUGCUGCAUGGGAUCUGAUCAUCUUUACCUUAGACUUUUUAGACUUUAGAGAUACAGUGCGGAAACAGGCCCUUCGACCCACCGAAUCCGUGCCGACCAGCGAUCACCCCAUACACUUGCACUAUCCUACAUACUAGGGACAAUUUUUACAACUUACUGAAGCCAAUUAAACUACAAACCUGUAUGUCUUUGGAGUGUGGGCUGAAACCGGAGCACCUGGAGAAAACGUCACGUGGUCACGGGGAGAAAGUACAAACUCUGUACAGACAAAGAAACUGCUCCCUGGCUGCCUGUUGCUUAGCAUCAACCUGCCACUGAAUCCACUUCAACACCGGGUCCUCUUCACACAGUUUGCUCUCUCUAUGGGGUUGGUUAUCAGCUCUAACUAAAGGUCGAUUGAUGUGUCCACCUUGAUUUGGGAAGACAUUGAGCAUGUAGAGUCAUGGACCAAACCCACCAGAAAAUAAACAAAGGCACACCACAUCCUGUUAAAUGUUACAAAGCGGCCACACAUUGGCUGAACUGGUCUACACCAGCGUUAGUGUGCUGCUUGAGUAUAUCCUGUCAUUGACUGUUCUUCCUGUGUUGACUUUGAGACAUGGUGUGCUAAUUAUUUCAGCACAUUGGUUGCCUGCAGUGGGACUGUUUUCUGUGCAGCAGUACUGUUGUACUGGUUUUUUUUUUUACAAAAUCCACAGCUCUUUCCCACUGCUCACAGACAGCAGGCAAAAGUAAGUUUGUAAAGCAAAUGUUGGGCGUGGGUUUUGACAUGCCUUAGUACAGUUUCAGUGUGUUCAGGUCCAUGUUUACUCUGCAGUCCCUCAAGGAGCUAAAGAACUUUCCGGUUGGUUUUAGUUUCCAGCAGCAUUUUGCAAUCAACUUGUACAAUGAAAUCAACUCAACAAAGGGUACCGUUCAAUUACUGCAAGCAUGGCACUCAGUGAUGCCAUUCAGCCCAUCAUGGUCAGGGCUGUCCCAAUCCUUCAGCUGAACAUCUCCUCCCAGUGAGAAUCCUCGCUCUGUCCCCUUCAUUACCAAUUCUUCCAAUAACGCUUCAGCAUCUUAAUUAAUUUUCAAUAACUCUCCCUGUACCAGCAACCGAUAUCUCUAAUACUCAGUUCGUACACAGUAUCAAAGUUCCAGCCCCAUACCUUUGAUUUUUGUUUUCAUAAUAGGAAACUCCAGACUAUUUACAUAGGCUUCCUGUAUGUAGCCCCACGUGCUUAUAUAUAGCUCUGUGGGCAGAGGGGCAGUACUAAUGUGAGAGGAUUGAUUGGACAUUGAUGGCUUGUUCCCAUUUAUCCCACAUGCUUUGGUCCUUUCCAUUGGCAUGGCUGGGAACGCCUCCACAACAUCCCUGCCCGUCUAAGAGUCGUUUAAGCCUCUUCUCUUAUUUGAUAUUGGAUGCCGGUAUUUUUUGACAGUAGAUGACAACGUGGGAACGUUGGAAGAUUUUCUCUCACCAGGCAAACCAUGGAACCCACAUCCCUGCCCAUGAUACGAUGCCUAACUUUGUAUACCUGCUCAUUGCAAGUUAAGUCAGUUCAAUGAGAAAUGACAACAAUCAUAUUCUCCGGACUUAAAGUUACAUAAAAUGCACAAUUGCUGUCUAACCCUCGUACAACAAACACCAUUUACACACCGUCACCAACACUCUUAGCAUUACACCCCUAUCACAAUUCUCAGUCACAAUAUCACAUUCCCAGUGUUACAAUAUUAUCUCAGAUGAUAUUCCCAAUAUUUCACCAUUCCAUCUGUAACGCUCCCAGUGUUACAGCUCCUUGACCCCAGCUUUCUCAGUGUACAUCACCCAGCCAACACUCCACCGCCAGGCUCUGUGGUUAAACCAGCCUAUCUCAUCCCCACCCUUCACACCCUCACACGCACCCCCCCCCCCCCCUCCUCACGCAUACCUCCAACCUUUCACACCUUCUACCCCUCUAUAUCACAAUCACCUGACUCGGUAUGAGUUGUUCAAUGGCUGGAACCAAUCACUUUGUAUAUUUUUUUACUGUUUGUCUUAUAAACUAACCUCUGUUUGGUCUCACUGUUACUCUGGACUUAACACACCUGACCCUCACUUACACUCGGUGUAACAACUUGCACUCAUCAUGUUUGUUCUGUGAGAGAGACUACAAGAGAGCUGUAUUGUUGCCACGUGUAGUCUGAUACAUCAGCUCCAGUCCUGCGGCACAAGGGUCUGACAACUUCCUGCUCCGCACGAUCAGACCAAGCUUUUUGCUUUGCCCAGAUAAUGAUUAUCCUGUAUAUUAUUUUGAUUUGUGUACAAUAUUUCCAUUGAUCGAUACAUUUGUCUUUUUUUUUGACAACUUAACUAUCAUUUUCGAAAAGUAAGGAGAGACCAUCAUUUCUGCAUCAUCAAAAUUCUUUGUGUGUAAAAAGUUAUUUGUGAAUAAAAACGGAUGAAAAAUG